AUGGGUGCGCGGGGGGAUGCGAUUGGGGAUAAGCACGCGCUGUUAAAAUGGAUCGGCGAAAAGUUGAACGAGUUGUGCGGAUUUACCGAAGCAAAUGUAAACCAAUUCGUUUUGGCCAUCGCGGAAAAGCACGCCACGUCUUCAUCUUCAUCGCAUAAGAAGUUGUAUGAAACGUUAAAAGACUCUGGAUUUGAUGCGGUGACGCUCGAGUUCUCUCGAGAAUUGUGCAAUCGUUUGCUUAACAAGAGCGAGGAUACUAUUAACUCCUUUCCUAAACAGAAAACGAAGAAGGAUGAGGAAGUAAGAGAAGGAAAAGAAAAGAAAAAGACAUCGACAAACAUCGCCGCGGCAGCAUACGAUAAAGACGAAGUCGACGACGAGGAGAACAAGUACGCUCUGGUGCAGUCUUCGUCCUCGGACGAAGACGUUGAUGAGGAUUCCAAAAGGAAAUCAAAGAAGAGAAGUAAAGAGAAGAAGAAAUCAAGGAAGAGUUUAAAGAAGAAGAUGAAGAGAGAGGAGAGAAAGGGAAGGAAGCAAGAUUCAGCAAUGGGGGGAGCAACGUCAUCGUCGGCAGAUGCAUAUAUUUCUUCUCAAUCUUCUUCUUCAGAAGACGAGGAGACGAAAUUGAGGCGUGAACGAGCUUUGCAAGGGUAUCGCGAUUUAGAGUUGGAGCCGGAUGACGACGACGACGAGGAGGAAGAAGAAGAAAUAUCCGAAGAGACUGCUCGCGAGAGAGAACGAUUGCGGGACCAAGAAGAAAAGCGUGAAUUUGAGGAGCGCUUGCGCAUGAAAGACGAGGAGAAAACGAAGAAGCUCGAUAACGGCGGCGGUAUCCUCAAAUCGAACAAAAUCAAAUCGACCAAUGCAGAAGGAGAUGAAGAGGACGAGGAAGAAGUAAAGAGAGGCCUAAUUCCAGACUUGAGGAAAGUCUCGCGACAGGAGUAUCUCAAAAAGAGAGAGCUUCAAAAGUUAGAAGAGUUGAAAGAGCAAAUCGCGGACGAUGAGAAGAUGUAUGAAUACGGCGGGCGUCCGCUGACGGAGAAACAAAAGAAAGAUUUAGAGUACAAGAAACAAACCUUAGCGUUAGCAGAGGCGCAACUUAUGAACGUCGAGGAGUCCAAAGAGGAAGUAUAUCAAAUGCCGUUGACGUACGACGACGUGGACGAUAAAGCAAACGCAAAAAACAAUCGCGAUAAACGCUUCCAAGUUGCUUUAGAGAGAUACAAAGAGAGCGCUCAAUCUAGAAAAGAGGAGAAGGAGGACGCCAACCCGUUCAAAGAACAAGAUGAAUGGGAAGAUCAUCAGAUUCGACAAGCAAAAAUGGGCAAGAAGAAUAAAGAACAAGAUGAAAAGAGGGGAUACGAUUACGUGUUUGAAGAUCAAAUAGCGUUCGUUGUCGACGAGCAGAUCAAGGGAACUAACGUCUCCGAUUCAUCGUCAUCCUCGGAUUCCGAUUCCGAUUCGCAGAGGGAAAAGACGAGAAGAAGAAGAAGAAGAAACAAAACGACGCAAGAAAAAAUUGACGACGAAAACGAUCCAGAUUCUAAAGCUUUGCGCGGAGAGCUCGGCGCUAGAAAGAAAAUUGAAGCCGAUAGGAGGUCCUUGCCUAUUUAUCCAUAUCGAGAUGAUUUAAUCAAGGCGGUUGAAGAUCAUCAAACCAUCGUUAUUGUUGGAGAAACGGGUUCCGGAAAGACGACGCAGAUACCUCAAUACAUGUGGGAGGCGGGAUUUGCGAAAGAAGAAGGCGUUCGAAUCGGGUGCACACAACCUAGACGAGUAGCGGCGAUGUCCGUGGCGACCCGAGUUGCAGAUGAAGUAGGAUGCAAACUAGGAAACGAGAUUGGUUAUUCGAUUCGCUUUGAAGAUUGUACGAGCGAUAAAACGAAGGUGAAAUACAUGACAGAUGGUAUGCUUUUGCGCGAAUUUCUCGGCGAGCCUGAUUUGAAAUCUUACAGUGUCAUGAUGGUGGACGAAGCGCACGAGCGAACGCUUCACACGGACGUUUUAUUCGGACUCGUCAAGGACAUCGCGCGGUUCCGUCCUGAGAUAAAAUUGUUAAUUUCAUCCGCGACGCUCGACGCGGAGAAGUUCUCAGAGUACUUUGAUUUCGCGCCAAUCUUUAGAAUUCCAGGGAGACGAUACCCGGUGGAUAUUUUGUACACGAAACAACCAGAGGCGGAUUAUAUGGAUGCGGUGGUUGUUUCUGUGUUGCAAAUCCAUGCGCAAGAACCGAAAGGUGAUAUCUUGGUUUUUUGCACCGGCCAGGAAGAGAUUGAGGCUUUGGAAGAAACACUCAACACGCGCGUAAAACAAUCGCAGUCAACCAACGACGACGAAGAUGGAGGAAGGAGUAAACGUUUGGCGGAAUUAGUCGUGUGUCCAAUCUACGCGAGCUUGCCCACGGAUUUACAACAAAAAAUUUUCGAACCAGCGCCAGAAAAAGGGAGAAAAUGUGUAUUAGCAACGAACAUCGCCGAAACGUCUUUGACCAUCGACGGCAUCAAAUACGUCAUCGAUCCAGGAUUUUGCAAGCAGAAGAGUUACAACCCGCGCUCGGGUAUGGAAUCAUUAGUAGUCACACCAACUUCUCAAGCAUCCGCGAUGCAACGAGCCGGGAGAGCUGGUCGAACAUCGGCUGGUAAGUGCUAUCGUUUGUAUACCGCGUGGUCGUUUCAGAACGAGCUAGAUCCAAACACGGUUCCGGAAAUCCAAAGAACGAAUUUAGGAAACGUUGUUUUGAUGCUGAAGUCCUUGGGAAUUAACGACCUCAUGCACUUUGAUUUCAUGGACCCGCCGCCUGCGGAAACGCUUUUACGCGCUUUGGAGCAGCUCUACGCGCUCGGCGCUUUGAACGAUCGAGGCGAACUCACAAAACUUGGUCGUCGCAUGGCUGAAUUUCCGCUCGAUCCUAUGCUUUCGAAGACGUUAAUCGCGAGCGAUAAGUACAAGUGCGUCGACGAAGUAGCGACAGUAUGCGCGAUGCUCUCGUGCGGCAACACCAUCUUUUACCGACCAAAAGAGAAGCAGCUUUUAGCCGAUCAUGCGCAUAAGGCUUUUCAUGUGGGUGAUGUCGGUGACCAUCUAGCAUUGAUGAACGUCUUCAACUCGUGGCAAGACUGCGAUUACUCGACGCAGUGGUGUUUCGAAAAUUUUGUGCAACACAGAACCAUGAAGCAGGCGAGAGACAUUCGUGACCAACUUGUUAAGAUGUUGGAAAGAGUCGAGAUUGAUUUGUCGUCCGAUCGAAACGCGGUCGAUAACAUCAAGAAGUGCAUAACAUCUGGUUUCUUUUAUCAUUGUGCAAAGUUACAGAGAAACGGAAGUUAUCGAACCGUGAAGAAUCCGCAAACGGUGUCCAUUCACCCGAGUUCUGGAUUGGCGAAGGAGUUGCCCAAAUGGGUCGUAUACUUCGAGCUUGUCUUUACGAGUAAAGAGUACAUGCGUCAGUGCAUUGAGAUUCAACCGAAAUGGUUGGUUGAAAUAGCACCGCAUUAUUAUCAAUCUCGCGAAAUUGACAUCGACGGAGAUGCUCAAAAACAAAAACGUACGCCCGCUUAA